AUGUGCUUGGCAUACCAGUCGAUUUUGCAGUAUUAUGACUCCCAGGAAUCAGGGAUUGGAUCUCGAGAACGAUCUGCAUAUAGCCGCGCUCCCUCCUCGCAAUAUCGGGGACAUGCAGAACUACGUAGCAUGAUCCAUAACUUGCAACAACAGUUAGAAGAACAGAGAGCAGAGCAGAAGGCACGCCAGGAGAAGCGUCUCACUCAAAUGGAACAACAGAAGGCACGAGAAGAAAAAUUGUUAGACCAAUUAUUUAUGCGUCUUGAACAUAGUGAGAAGCCAAGAUGA